GAUGCAGGGAACCAUUCUGGCUCACUUUCCAAUCCUCAUCUGGCAUCUCACAUGACAGGGCUAGACUUGGCAGCAAGUAGUGCUUCACCAAUUUAUGCUGAAGGGUAUAAUGCAGCUACAGAUGAUGAUCAUGAACAAGAAGUGUUGGAACAGAGGCUUCCUGAUGGUAUAUAAUGUUGGUUUUGCAUGGUAGAAUCUUCAGAGAUUCUACCAUGCAGGGCUGUCACCCCGGGGGGGCACUUUAGGAAUUUCUGGGUGGGGAUGUGCCGCUGGGAGCCUGGAACCCUUAACCUUUACCAGAGCUAGUUCAGCUGAAUUUUGCUACCCUAUACUAGAGUAAACUCCCCAAAUCCCCCUAUCCUAGAGUAGCUGUGUACCUAGUCUAGAUAAAAUCUUCAACUAACUGAUCAGUUUCCUGAAAAAUGAUACCCUAUACUAGAGUAAACUCCCCAAAUCCCCUAUCCUAGAGUAGCUGUGUACCUAGUCUAGAUAAAAUCUUCAACCAACUGAUCAGUUUCCUGAAAAAUGAUACCCUAUUCUAGAGGCAAACGCUCUGAUUUAUAUACCCUAUCCUAGAGUAAACUGCUUGAAAACCAUACCCUUCACAGCGGCACAUACCUAUAUAGCCCAUAUAUGGCAGUACCCCCCCCCCCCCCGGGGCUGUCACUAAGAUUUCAUUAGUUGCCUGGUAAAUACAACAAUUUUUGCGGGGAAUUUUGUCAUUAUUGGAAAGUCAGAGGUUGUAUUUCCUUUGUUUUUUGGUAAAAUGUGACUGACAAAAUACUUACUGACAACAAUAAUGAGAGUCCCCUAUACACCUAUGCAAAAUGCUUUCAUGUUAAAACGUUGAGACAAUUUUCACGUGUAAUGAAUAAUUCCUAAAAUUUCUUCAUGUUCCAAAACUGAGUAGUUUAUGUUUCACACAUAAUUAAAAAAUUGAUUCACAAAUUAAUAUUUUCUAUCGACCAACCUGUUCACGCUCCAAACAAAUGUAAUUCAUUUUCCUUGAAAUCUUGAUCAAAUGUUAGGGUUCAUUGGUAAUCCUUCCAACGACUCAAUGCAAUGAGGUAGGAUUACAUGCUACAAAUAGUCUGCCUGAAGUGGCCUGCAAAAACAGCCAUCUCUCCCAACUCCUCACUGCUGGUUUGGUAAUAGGGAGCUUAAGCAACAAUGACCGCGACGUCUACAGAAACGUCACUUAAAAAGUGAAGUUGUACUGCCGAAAAACUUUAUUGUGCUUAUUCUAUCUCAUUCAAUUCGUCAUUAAAUAUGUUGGCAAUUUUUUUCUAGAGAUGACUUCUAAAAGACUGUAUCAAAGUUCAGGAAAAGAAAAAUAAAGUCGUUGCAUUGUGUUCACGUCCUACACAAAAUGAGAAAUUAGGCACUUUCACGUUGUAGUCGUGCAGCGACAGUAAGAAAUGCAUUAGAAAGAGUGAUGUACAUGCAAAGUUGUUGUUUUGCUAAUAUAAACCUAUUGCCUUUUUGCCGUUGCCGCUGCCGUCGCCAUCGUCAUUGCUUAAGCUCCCUUAUAAUGUAAAGUAUGUCCGACCCCUAUAAAACUUACCCUUUAUUUACUUGAAAUUCAAAGAAAUGGAUAUAGGGUAGAUGAUAAUUUGAUGGACUAAGACCUUGAACUUUCCUUUUUUCUGACAUAUAAUUCAACAGAAUGGAUUUUGAGAUUAAGCAGUAAGAAUUAAUGUAUUUAAAUGUAUCCAUUUCUUCUUUAAGGAUCAGAUGAUGAUGGCGUCAGAGCUGCAGUGGAAACAGAUUAUGAGUCGUCAUCAAGCUCAAACAGUUCAGACAUACAAAGUACGGCAUUUUUUAUUUUGUUAACUAUUAACCAUUUUUUAUCAACCCUGUUCACUUCAAUUUGGGAGUUUUAAGUCUUCUUCAUUGUCAAAUGUACUUUUUAUUGUCAAAUUUACUGUAAUUAUAUAUAUGUGGAUUUUCUUUUUUUUUCCUGUUAAUUAUUUAAGUAGUUCCUUUGGUUUCUUUCUUUUUUUUUCUUACACAGUGUACAGUUAUAAUUAUAUUAGAUAUGCUAUUUUUAAUUCUAUUAUCUUUUAGUUUUGGAGGGCAGUUAAAUAUGGAAAUUCAGUUUCCCCCUUUUGCUUUCCUUUACCUACUGUACUUUUAUAUAUAGUUUUUGUUUGUUUGUUUGUUUGUUUUUGUUUUUGUGUUUUAUUUUUAAUGCCCAUGGCCUGUACUGUACAUCCCUUUUGUAUACCUUUUAUUGACAAAUGGUACCCCUUUCUCAUACCUUAUUUAGAACUGUGCAUCCCUUUCAACUGCUGUAAAUGCACUGUCAUUUAAAUAGGAAUCAAUCACAAAAACAUAAUUUUUUUUUCAACUUUAUAAAGCCAUAAAAUUCAUCUGUUAGCGCUUUUGAGCCCUUUCACAGACCCAAAUGGCAGAUUUGCCCACCCUUUUAUAUAUUUAAAGUAGUAAAAUCCCUACCCUUUCAGGGGCGGUUCCAGGAAGUUUGAAUUGGGGGGUCCAAACCUUCAGAAAGGAAUGUUCAACUUUUUGGGGGCAAAUUACUUCUCCAGGGUUCGCACAGUCUUGAAAAGUCCUUGAAUUUUAGGGGAAGUCCUUAAAUUCCAUUUUUCCUUGAAAAGUCCUUGAUUUUCUUCAACUUUGAAUGAAGUGGCCUGGAAAGUGGUUUUUGAUACUUUUUGUUUGACCACGACAGAAAAUAAAUCAUAACUUACAGAAUUUAAAGGUUAUUUACGCAAAGUGCUCAAUGUUUUAUGCAUUAAUUAACUAUCAAUUUAAGACAAAUGAACUGAAAAGUGUAGAGAAGCUGGUGAAGCAAACAGUUCAAGCCUUAAAGCCUUAUUAGAAUACACUUGGAAUGUGCAUUUUUGUACAAUCUGUGAAAUUGUAUAAUUCCUAGCUAGUAGGUGGUCCUUGAAAAUCUUAUUUGGUCCUCGAAAAAUGGUUGCAAUUUUUUGUUUCAACCCUGUUCUCACAGAGAUGACCACAUGUUUCUCAAAUCUUUGAAAGCCAAUCGCCAUUGGCAUGGGAAAUAAGACACAAACAGAUCAUAGGAGUUGAAUAUUCUUGCAAUUUAGUUCAGUGGCAAGGUGCAAUAUGCAUUUUAUAAAAAAAUCAGCCAGUUAAAAAGUGAGGUCCUAUAAGAACAUGUUUUUUUUUUGUCUUGUGUCCAUGCUUAGAUGCAACCAAUGGUAAUUUUUUGCAACUGUCCCAGAUUACUGGAUCGGGGGAGCGAUUUUCCUUUCAUAAUAUAGACUGUCACUUGUUUAGGCCUCAGGACUCAUUGCCUAUGCCGGAUGACUAUAGUCCAUUGAGCUAACAAAUUUGAGAAACAAAAAUUCAUCCAAACUUUUGCUGGGUACUAAAGAUAAUUUGCAAAAGUUCCUCUAUGCUUUUUGCGUAGGGUCAACUGAGAUGAAACAGGCAUUUAUAAAGUCGUAUGUAUUUUUACAGGUUUUACCCUUCUAAAAUUACUCCUUGCGAUCUCCAGUUUAUUGUCAAAAGAAGAGGUGAAAAAGAUCAAGUUUCUGGCCAAAAGCAAAAUCAGUGAUGAUAGACUUUCACAGAUAUCGAAAGGCUAUGAACUAUUUCAAGCAUUAGAAAAAGAUGGAAAAUUUCCAGUCAGUUAUAUAGUGAAGCUACUAGUGGAAGUGAAUCGUGAUGACCUUGCAGCAAAGCUGAAAGCUGUACGUUUAAAAGAGGCAGAAGAAGGACAAGGUAAAUUUCGGUUUAAUGGCAUGUAUCCUAAAAUUGUGAUCGCAAGCACAUUCUAACCAUUUAUUUUAGUAUGUUAAUGAUAAUGCUGCCUUUUAAUGUUAAUUUCUUGGACAAUGCUCAGAGUGUAUUAAGGCUAGUGUCUUUUUUUUUGAGUGGGGAGAAUACUUUGAUCACUACCAAUAAUGCGUGAUUUUUUUUUUCUAGGAUUUUAAUUUCAACAAGUGGAUUAGAACUUGAGUAUUGUUAGAUUUGCUAGUAAAAUGCAGUGUGUCAGAUUGACUUCUUGACUACUUCAAGAAUAAUAUAUUUGGUGACUAGACAGAAUUGAUCAAGCUAAUAAUAAGACUAUAACAAAAUUUGACUUUAUGGUGAAAGCUUGCAAAUGCAAGCAAAAAAGUAAAAUGAAAUCACAUUUAUACUUUUCCGUUGUCCGUAUUCUUUAAGCUUCAUAAGAUAAAUAAAUUUGUAUUUUAAUAUUGAAGUGGGAGCCCACUGGGCUCUGGGCUUAAUCCCAGCUGUUAUAUUAAUCGUCUUACAUAAAAAGCACUUUCUUUUUUAAUUUGUAAUGUUUUUUUUUUACCAUUAUAUUUCUUUUUAUUUGUGAUACAGCUAGUACUUCCAGACAUAGCUUGUCAGCUAGAAGACAUCAUGUACUACCAGGUGAAGAUGCAAGCUUUCCUGACUCACAAAGCAGUGAUUCUGAUACACUGCUAGACACCCAUGACAGAGGGCGGCAUUUGCAAAAACAAACUUCUUUGCGCUCGUCAAGAAAUCGUGAACAGUUUCAGAGUAGUGAUGAAGAGUAUGCUUUAUCAACAAGUGAUGACAGCCGGAUUUCGUCAAGAGUUAGUUCUCCUGACAAUAGAAGUGAAAUAAGCAGUGAUACACCUUCCUUGCACAAUUCUGUAGAAGGUGCUCAAUUAUCAACAUCUUCUGCUGGUGUUAGUAGUCAACCACCAGGCUCAUGGGAGUGUCAUGGUGCCAGACCAAAGCAGAUCCAGCGAUCACUAGUUCCAGCGGUGCAGGGAGAGCCUGUGCUCCCAGUCAUUUAUAGAGAUGGCAUAGAUCCCAGUUUUUUAGCCAGACACUCGCAAGACAACACCGGUUGUGACAGUCCAUAUCAGAGUUCUGAUAGUGAAAUCCCAGUGUUAAAUGGCAGUCCCUCCAAUGGUGGCCUGUGUAACGAUUCAGAGUCCUCAGAUGACCAGCAAAUGCUUACUCUGAAACGCUGUGUUGCAACAAGCCACAUUCUCAUUGAACGAGUUCUGCAAGAAAGAGAAAGGGAGGAACAGUUGAGAAGAGAACAGAGAGUUACUAGGGAAAGAAGACAUAAUGAAGAAGAAAGGGAGAAUCAGGAAGCUGAGAGAAGACCCCAGCAAGAAACAGUCGUUGCAAGUCCACAGCAUUGCAGAUUCUGGUUCCCUUGCUGUAUGAAGUUCUAUCCUUGUCUUUAUUGCCACUCAAACGUUUGUGAUAAAGCUGGUCAUGCCACUCACUUCAAGUGCUCUUGCUAUCAGCAUGAGCAACAGGUAUUGUUAUUUUUCUUUUAAGCAACUUAAAGUACUUUUAAUUUGUUUUCUUAAUCUUAAUGUGGUCAAAGUGUAGUUGAAAUAACAUUAAUUAAAAGCCACUUAGAAUUCACUAAAAGUAAAAAUAAUACUGUUAAAGUCUCCCUGGUAAUAAAUGCUAUUAAAAACUGAAUCGUUGGAUAAUGCAAUUCUAGAGCUCCUAUUGGCUUAGCCAUCAUGAUAUAUGAGCCAUUAGUAAAAUCCAGCUAGGGUCUCUUAUCAAUGCUGCAUUCUGAUUGGUUGAGCAACUACGAGGCAAAAUGUUAUAGCCCACUAGUAGCGAAAAGCAUCGCCUUUGAAAACCAAACAAAAAUGGUGGCUGAAUUGCAUUGUGCUUGCUAAAGGUUCUUUGUCUCAAUAUUUUUGACCAACUAGUUGGAUUUUACUAAAACAAUUUAUUAUUCCUCUCACCCUAAUGGCCUCUGAGUCAAUAAGCCCAUUCAUCCUUCGGCCUCAUGGACUAUGGACUCACAGCCUAUUCGGGUGCGAGCACCAGUUGGUAAUUUAACAAUUAUUGUUAAAUUACCAACUGGCGCUUACCAGGUUUGGAAGAUGCAGAUCAAUCUACUCGCAAAAAUAGAUCCAGUGACACUGAUCGUCACCUGGUCAUUAGUUGUUAGUAAAGGUAUACAGGUGGUAGAAGUAAAGGACUUGGGGAAACUAUCAGUCAUGAUCUGGGACUUAUUACACUUAGUUCUUAUGCUUUAAAUUUACUGAGGGUGCGUUUCUGUAAACUGGCUUGACAGGUGGCUCACGAUAUAGUAGAUCAAAUCAGCAGCUGCAUAAAAUUAUCUUCAGUUUUUCUUUUUCAUAGUUAAGAGAAAGUAUCACAUUUUGAGAACAUAUUUUCACUGUAUUUCCUUCUCUUAGAAUGGGGAAGGCAAUGGAAAGACUCCUACCCAUAACUGUGCGAUGUGUAACAGAUGUCUUGACCCACAAGAGGAAACACACUUGUGUGAACCAGAUGAGUGCUGUGAAUGCUCAGGAGUAAGUUUGAAAUAUUUUUCAUGA